UCCAUUAUCGAACAAUUCAUGUAUUGAAAUGACAACCGUAGGGCCUGAGUUUACGACUCAUAUAAAAACUAAAACAAAAGAAUUUCCAGUACUAGGUGUAGGCUUAGGCGUGUCGGCUGGACUUGUUUUCACACUAGGAGUAGCAGUUAUCAUCGUAGUGCUCAGAAAAAGACAAAAACAAAGCGGGUGCAAGAAAACAAAAAGUAACGAAUCGGACAUAAACAGUUCAUUGGACGUGAAGCGAGACCAAGCGGGACAAAUCGGACACACUGUGUCCAACCAUAAUUAUUUUCUACUCGAGAAACACACAAUCUCAGCGGACGAACAUAUAGAUCAUCAUAAACACGCACCAGGAGAAACAUAUUCAACCAUCGUGGAAGAGAAUGAUUACCAUUCCAUAAAUAAGGACCCACGUGCAAACGCCAAAGACGACUGCGAUGACUACGAUUACACAACUAACAAAGCAUCAACAUCUGGUGGCAUGAGUCACGACACUGUAUAUAACAAACUGAAGCUUGAACGCCAGGGUGACUAUGACCAUGUCAAAGGGCAAGUUCAUAUAAAUAGCCGCAUAACAAACAGCGACUAUGAUACGACUGUAACUUCGACGGCGAGAUCUGGUUACGGAAUCGGCGACUACGACCAUGUCAAGAAAAUGGGAGCGAUGCUAAAAGCUGCAUCAGGUAACGACUAUGACACGACAGUUUCAUUAGCUGCUUAUGAACGAAAAAAGGGAGAAAGAGGCGAAGAAAAUAAUUAUAAUCACAAAGAGUAGUAGCGUGGUUCAGGAAAAUUGGAAAACUCGACUUGAUGCUCAUCACAAAAGCAAUAGCAAUGUUGACUGCAAACUUUACAGACUAUUAGUUUGACUAUUUUGGGCUAUAGCCAUGUUGUUAGUUAAUGUCGGCGAGAUGGGAAAACAAAAAAAUAUAGUUCGUUUAAUUUAAAUGUAUGUAAAUUUAUUUUCAUUAAUGAAAAAGAUAUUGUGUAUCUGAUGGCUACAUAUUGACCUAAACUAUGGCAAAAUCUGCAGGAAGCUGUCUAGAAGUCGUGACAUAAGUGAUAUAACGAAUGAUCGAAUAUUUGAGGCGAACACGAUCUUCGUCAGGGGCUUAAGGGGUUGUUCUUAUUAGAGCAUUUCAUUUGUGAAUGUUUUAAGGGAUUGUUGCAUUUAAAGCAUCUUUGGAUUGUUAAACGGACUGUUGUAGUACUGGAUGUUUAAAGGGUUUGUUGAUUUUAAGCAUCUUUGGAUUGUUAAACAUACUGUUGUAGUACUGGAUGUUUAAAGGGUUUGUUGAUUU